ACUGUUGUCUGUGCCUCUCAGUGCUCUGACAGAGCCCGGCCGUGGGUAUAAAAGCCCUGAGCUGAGGUUUAGGAAUCAGUCUCAUCUGAGUACUCGCCAGACCCAAGGAGAGAGCUUCACCAAAACCCAACAUGGGGGAUUCAAAGCUCUGCCUUCUGCUGCUCCUUAGCACAUCUGCUUUGGCUUUUGCCCAAGACGUUGAAGAAGAUGUGCCAACCUGUCUGUUGGCCACAAGGUACAAGACCCUGCACAAGUAUGAAUAUCGCUAUGAAGCCGAAUCUUUGAACGCCAUCAACGGAGCUUCCACUCUGAAGAACGGACCCAAAGGCUCUUGCAUGGUUCAAAUCGAAGUGCCUCAGACUUGCAGUUACAUCGUCCGCACCACUGGCUGUAUGCUGAGUGAGGUGGCUGACAUGGACACAGAGGGAAACCUGGUGUUCAGACCUGCAGCCGGCUCCGACGCCUUUGCUGCAGAGAUGGAGAAAUACCCUCUGAAGGUUGUGGUUGAGGGUGUGUACGAUGUGAAACUGUACCCCGAGGAAGGUGAGACUUUAACCAUCCUGAACAUCAAGAGAGGAAUCAUCUCUGCUCUGGCUGUUCCUCUGGUGGAAGAAGACAAGAAUAAGAUUAUGCCCACAAUCCACGGCAUGUGCAAGACCCAUUCCACGGUCAACGCAAGAGAGGACAUUGCAACUGACAUCACCUUGAACAGGGAUCUGUCCAAAUGUGACGAGUUUCGCCCAGUGAGAGAGCAUACCAGCCCGCUGGCACUGAUCUCUGGCAUGCACUACCCUCUUUCUCAGCUGGUCAGAAGCUCCCAGACCUGCAACUACAAGUUUGACAAUGAGAACAAACACAUGACCUCUGGAUCCUGCACUGAGAACCACAUCCUCAUUCCCUUCUCACACAAGGGAGAAUAUGGAGUUACCAAUGUUGGAAAGCAGGAACUCACUCUGGUUGAGGUUACUCCUCACAACGACAGAGUCUUUGAUCACAGUGAGGUUGCCAAGGGUCUUCACAUGGAAGCUGUCCAGGACAUGACUGCUGUCCAGGAUAAAGAUGCAGGUCUGAACCUCCUGAGAGAACUCACCAAUCUGCCCGAGGCUGAGGGUGAGAGGAGGGCCCACCUCUUCCACAAGCUUGUCACCAUGGUCCGUGGAAUGAAGGCAGAGACCCUGAGUACUGCUAUUCCCGAGGCUCUUGAAGUAUCCCGAGUCCUGACCUACCAGGUUCUGGCCCAGUGUGGAACCCCUGAGUGCAGCAGUGCCAUCAUGCAGAUCCUCAGGACCUUCGACAGCUCUGCAGUCGAGGUUGAUGCUGCUGUGUUUGCUCUGGGACUUGUGUCCAAUCCCUCUGCCCUCCUGAUCAAUGACAUGCUCGAGAUGGCCAAAUACAAGACCAGCAAGCCCAUCCUGUAUGCCCUGAGCAAUAUCGUCAAGAGGUUCUACAAGGCUGAAGGAAAACUGACCCCUGAGAUUUACUCAGUGGCUCAGUUCAUGGCUUCUCACUUGGGUGACUGCUCCGGUGACCAGGAGACCACUUUCAUGUAUUUGAGAGUUAUUGGAAAUAUGGCUCCAGCUAUGUCCGCUGCUAGUCCUGCACUGAGAGCCGCUGUGAUCCAGUGUGUGAACAAACCUGAGGCUUCUCUGGCUGUGCAGCAGGCUGCCAUCCAAGCGUUCAGGCUGAUUCCCGUCCCUGAGGAGGGUAGAGAGAUUCUCAUGCAGGUCGUUCUGGACGGUACCACCCCCUUGCAAAAGCGUGUGGCUGCGUAUCUGGUUCUUAUGAAGAACCCCCAGCCAAGUGAACUGGCUCAGCUGGCGGAUGCCCUGCCCCUUGAACAAGACCAACAAGCCAAGAGCUUUGUCAUCUCCUACAUCACCAACAUUUUGUCCUCAACUGAGCUUGAGACCCAAGAACUGAGACAUAAGAUCCGUGAUGCCCUGCAGGGUAAUGAGAUUGGAGCCACUAUGGACCCCACCAAGUUCUCUCGCAACUACAAGUUGGGAUCUGUGGAAGGAAACAUGAUCUUUGAGGGUACCAGCUAUCUGCCCAAGGAAGUCAUGCUUGAGAUGACUCUCAAGGCCUUUGGCUAUGAUAUGGACAUGAUUGAGUUUGGUAUGGAGGGCCAAGGAUUUGAGCCAACAGUUGAAGCCCUGUUUGGACAGAAUGGAUUCUUCCCUGACACUGCCAUGAAGACAAUGUUCUUUGUAUCUGAAAACAUGCCAUUGAAAGUCAGUGAGAUGAUGCAGACUAUAAUGCCUGCUCUGAAGAAGGACAGGAUGAAGAGACAGGCCACCCAGGACUUUGUGAGACAGAUCGGAAGCAACCUGAACAAACUGGUGGGCGAACUGAAGUCUGCUCAGUCUCCUGAGGCCAUGGUUUACAUGAGACUUCUGGGAAAUGAGCUGGGAUAUCUGAAGAGCAACGAAAUUCAGGAGAUGGCCUACUCUGCUACAAUGAUGAUCGACAGCAUGAUGAAGAUGUUCCCUGGUGAUCUAAUGAAGGCUUUGAUGACCAAGACUGACAAUGCAAUCUUUGCCCACUACAUCUUCAUGGACAAUGAAUUCUUCCUGCCCACUCUAACUGGCGUGCCUCUGAGGAUUGCACUGUCUGGUACCUUCACUCCUGGUAUCAAGGGUGGACUUCACAUUGCCCGUGACAUGAGUGAAGUUGCAUUCAUGCCCUCUGCUGGCAUUGAGUUUGUAACUCAGGUUGGAUCCCACAUCCCUGAAUAUGUUGACUCUGGAUUAGAGAUGCACACCAACAUUUUCCACGAGAGUGGACUCAGUGCCAAGAUCUCCAUGGAACAUGACUCAGUCAAGCUGACCAUCCCUGCACCAGUGAAUCCCACAAAGCUCAUCAAAAUGACAAACACCCUGGUGGCCGUGACUGGAUCAGAAGUGAUGACCAUCCCCCCAACAGUGAUGGACAAGGUUGAUGUGAAUGAGUGCACUCCUUUCUUCGCUGGAAUGAAAUACUGCACCGCUCUGCAGUACAUUGAUGCUUCCUCUCAAGAGACAACCCCCUACUUCCCCUUCACUGGAGACAGCAAAUUUGCUGUGGAGCUCCACCCUACUGGCGAAGUCACUCAGUACACAGCCACUGUUGCCUACGAGCUCCUCAGGGAGGGAGAAGAGGGCAGGCAGAAGGUUGACUCUGUGAAGCUCAUUGUGAGGGCUGAAGGUGCAGAGCCAACAGAGGCUGUAGCAAUGCUGAAGUACAACAGAAGGAGAAAUGUCGUCACAGCUGACUUACAGAUCCCCGACUACGAUGUAGAGGCUGGACUCAGGCUGGGUGUUGUUGAUGGAAACACCAAGGGCAAAGGAACUCAUUCAAUCUCUCUGGACUUUGUAAACAAGAACAUUCCUCAGCUCUCCCUGGUUGGCCGUGCCAAUCUGAAGGCAAUGAAGGAAGCAAUGCUGCAAGUCCAGCUGCUUGUCCCCUCACUCAAUGCUGAUGCCACUGUCACAGCUCACAUGAAGCAUGGUGAAGAAUUGGAGCUGGAGCUUGAGAGUGAAAUCAAAGUAAAGGAGGCCGUCUCUAAGCAGAAAGUCGAGAUGAAAUAUGAUGCCAGCAAGUUUGAAGUUGAAUUCAAGUCUGAUGUGAACACCCAGACCACCAUGUUGCCAAGUGCUGACAUGUUGGAGAAGUAUGCCAACCAGCUGCUUGACGCACAUGUGGGCGAGGCAGACAUGAAAGUCCGUCACAUCUUCCAGAAGUUUGGCGAGGCUGCGAACAACUACAUGGACAAAUAUGGUGCUGACCUCCCUUACAUUCAGAAUGUCAGAGUACCUGAUAUGCCUGAGAUUUCUCUGCCAGAGACAUUGUUCCUGAAUACUGAGGCUAAGGCUUCGUAUUACUUCAACAAUGAGCACUUCACCAUCACCAUCCCUCUCCCUCUUGGAGGAAAGACCACAGAGGAGCUUAACUUCCCAGCAGCUCUGACCACACCUAGCCUGUCUCUGCCACAGUUCGGCCUCGAGAUUGUCUCCAUGGAGAUUCCAAUCCCAGAACUUGUUGUGCCCAAGCAUCUUGCUCUGUCUAUUCCUCUUUUCGGCAAAGCUGAAGUUUCAUCUCUGAUGAAAAGCAACCUUUAUGAUGCAGAGGCCUCAUUUUCUGCUGGCAAAGAUGUGGUGGAAACACCAAGCUACUCAGCAAAGUUUGACGUGAAAGGAACUUCCCCAAUUGACGUCCUGUCAAUAAAGAUUGAAGGCUCAGGAAUGUUGAUGACCACUGAUUCCAUUAACGCUCAAUUGAAAAGCUCUUUGGUCCAUAAAUUCAUUGAAGCCAGUGUUAGCAUAACUGAAGACGCAACCUUCACUGACAAAAUCAAUUUGAAAUCAAGCAGCAAGAUUGAAGCCACAAGUCCAUUUGGUCUCAAUGUUGCACUAGAGCACACAGGCAUGACUGGAUUCAACACUGAGGAAAUCUCUGCUGAUAGCAAAUUUGAUGCGACGUUCAAGGCUGGACCCAUGUACGGCAAAACCAUCUCCACCCAGUCAUUCACCAUCUUCCCAUUCAGGCAAGAAGCAAAGCUUGAUUCUACCGUCCAGAUUGACUCCACGGUUAUCAAUGCUCAGAACACAAUCGCAGCAUCCCUUGCCAAUGGUGAAUUCUCUCUUGUGUCUAACACCAGUGCCUUUGAAAACCUCUUGACACAUGUUGGUGAGCUCUCCUUCAAAGAAAGCAAGCUGUCAUUGAAAGGUGAUGCCAUUGUCCUUGCUCUCGGCAUGAAGAUCCGCAACCAGGCUGAAGCCUCAGCUGGUGCAAGUGAAGUCGUCAUUAGAAUGGAGACAAAUGCCGACCAGACUGAAAACCGUGUUUACUCUCUGCUGACUGCCACUCUUGAUGUCAAUGGUCUGGCUGUAAACAGCGAUGCCACCUUGAAACUUCUUGAGAAUGAGGCUAUUCACAAGGCUGUUCUGAAUAUGAACAAGGACGGUUUGACCACAAGUGGAACAACCACCCUGCAGAGCCCCCUGUCCCUAGAAAACAGCUUCAAUGCUGCGCUUGAUGCUUCCAGAGCUACUUUAUCUAUUAACAACAAGGCUUCAAUGAGUGAUGUCAAGGUUGACAAUGCAAACACUCUCCUAAUUACUCUUUCUAGCCUAGACUUCACCUCAAAGGCUGAGGCCACAGCAAGCGAGUAUGCCUCUUACACUCAUGAUAUCCUCAUCAACAUGAAACCCUACACCGCUUCUGCAAAUGUUAAUAACAACCUGAGACUUCUGGCUGCCAACUUCAUUAAUGAGGCUCAGCUGCAGGCAGAGUUGUACAAGAUGGACCUGACCGGAAGCCUGAAAGCCAUCUAUGGUGAGGAAGAGAUCAAGCACAUAUAUCAGGUGAUGUAUGCUGAUAUGACUGCAAAUGCAAAGUGUAGCACCACUGGAAAACUCUUCGGAACCCACAUGAACCAGAACACCGAGCUGGAAGUUGUUGGUCUUGCUGCCAGGCUCUCCAACGAUGCCCGUUUCAACUCACAGCCAAUGCGCUUUGAUCACACUAUCCGCUGCAGCGUUGUUCCUUUUGAUUUCAACCUUGAUGCUGUCGUCAACGCUGAUGGAGACAUCAACGCAUAUGGAAAGCACAGUGCUCAGCUCUAUGGCAAGUUCCUGCUGAAAGCUCAACCUCUGGCUUUGGCUAGUUCACAUGAGUGCAGAGCAUCAGUAACCCAGCAGUUAGAUACUGGCUUUUCCCUUGAGACCACAUUUGACAACAAAAUGGACACUGUUCUGACACCCCAAGAGCAGAAGACCAGUUUUAGAAUGAAAUCUAAAAUGAAUGAGCAUGUCUUCAAUCAGGACAUGAGUGUGUACAAUACCCCUGAGAGAACUGGAAUUGAAGUCUCUGGCACCAUCCUCACAAACCUCAUCAACAUAGAUUCUGCAGACAACCAGGAAUUCACCGUCUCUGGCUUCCUCAAGUACGACAAGAACACAGACAGUCAUAUCAUUCAGAUCCCUCUUUUUAACAAUCUCCCUGCCCUCUUGGAAAGUAUGAAAGGCUUCAUCGUGUAUGUUGCUGAGACACUGCAUGACUGCAUCAACAACGAGGAGAUAAAGGCUAAACUUGAGGCUCUUCCCCAGCAUGUAAGUGACUUUGUUUCCCAAUUGAAUAUUGAAGGCAAGGUAAACCAGCUUAAGCAGUAUUUCACUGAUCUUACCCAAGAAUAUGCAAUUUCCAUGGAUGAUGUGGAAGCUUCUUUAAGUAACCUGAAGGUUACCUUUGAAAAAUGUCUGGCUGAUCUCACUGUUUACAUCCAACACUUUGUUGGUAUGAUGGAAGAACUUCUUAGUGGCAGCCUCCCUGAAACACUCGCUCAGAGUAUCCAGCAACAUCUGAAUGCCUUUAACGAGGAAUAUGACAUCAAGGCCCUGGUUGUGUAUGUGAUUGACACCGUAAGGGAGAUGGUCCAGCAGUUUGACUUGGAAAAACUGAAGGGCAGCAGCAUUGCCUUCCUGCUUGACAUUGAUGCCAAGUAUGAAAUCCAAGCUAAGCUACAGACAGUCAUGUCAGAGAUUAAGCAAAUGGUUGAGACCUUUGACUUGCAAAACUUUGUUGCUGAACUGAAAAGUUACAUUUCAUCUAUGAACUUCAGAGCUCACUUUGAGGAACUCAUUAGUCAGAUUCCCUCAGUGAUUCUCAGUGAUGUAAGAGAUUAUGUUCGGAAAAUGAUUGAGGACCUUGACAUCAUCGGCAAGAUCAACACCUUCUAUGCCAAGAUGAGAGAGUUAAUCGUCAAGUUUGAGGCUGACAAAAUGGUUCAAGCUGCCUUGGAAAAGGCUGUCGAGCUCAUCGAGCAGUUCAAAAUUGAGGAAACCAUCCAAGCUUUCGUCAACAUGGUGAAGGAUUCAGAUAUACCAACCAAUUUAAUGCGAAUGUUCAAGUCUGCAAUCGAAAACUUGAAAUCCACUGACGUCAAGGAUAUAAUUGAAAAGCUAAACAUGUUUAUUGAAACUGUUGUGCGACAGCUGACCUCAUUUAAUUACAGUGAGUCUGUUAAAUCUCUCAAUGAAAUUGUUGCAUGGUUCACAACAUACCUGAAUGAGUUCAUCAGGCAUUUUGAAAUUGGCCAGAAACUUGCAGCAACAAGAGAUUUUGUCAAUUUAGCCUUGUCCUCUCUUAAAGGCUUCACGGAGCGUGUGAGAGAAAUCAAAAUUGCAGAGAUGAUUAAAUCAGUCCAGGAUGUCAUUGACGAGAACCUGCUGAAGAACCUGAAGAGCUGUGCUGAAUUUGUGAAACAGGAAUUAACUAAUCUGGAUGUCAACGCUGUGAUUACCAGUUGUCUGGACUCUGUGAGGAAGUACUACACAACGGCCGUAACCAUCGUCACUGAUGUAUUCACCAGCAUUGUUGAGAUGAUUAAGACAGUGUUACCUGAGCAAAAGAUCAUAAGCGAGAUUCAGCAGAUCGCUGAUGGCCUAACUAGAGAACUGAAAAAAGCUGAGUUGGCCACACCCUCAUUCACCGUUCCGUUUACUGAUCUUGUUGUGCCUUCCAUUAUGUUCAGCAUGGAUACGCUCGAACACGUUGAAAUCCCAACACAAUUGGACAUCCCUGAAUUCACCAUCCUGGGCUUCCAAGUCGUAAAGGCCACCACAAUUUCCUUUGAUGACAUCAAGCAGAAAAUCAUUGAACUUAUUGAUAUGAUUGUAAACCUUGAAAUCCAAAUUCCUGAUGUUGAUGCUUUCUUUGGAGAUCUGACAAUGACCUACCUCCCCCACAUGCCUGAGCUUUCUCUUCCAGAAUUCACUCUUCCUGAGAUGGCAUUCCCUGUCUUCCCAGAAGUUCCUCUAGAAAAACUUGUUCAGUCUCUUCAGAUUCCUACUGGUGACCUACCAACCAUCCCAAGUGAGUUCAUGUUCCCAUGCUUUGGUAAACUCUUUGGUGAGAUCAAAUUCAUCACUCCUAUCUACACCAUCAAGACUUCUGCUGAGUUCCAGAACUCCACUGAAACCGACAUGUCACCUCAGUUCUCUGGUUUCUUCACCUCCCAGGCCACAUCUCCAAGCUUUGAAAGUCUUAAUUACAAACUUGACUCCACUGCCCAGAUUGCACUCCCAAAAAUGAGUCGUGUUGUUGUAGCCGAGACUCUGAAGUUUGACCAUCUUGCUCUCGGAGUUGACCAUCAGGCAUCUGUAUCCCUCUAUGGUCUAUCAGGCCAGGCCCAAGCCAAGACAACAGUUAAGGUCGCCACUACACCCUAUACUGCUGAAUUUAUGAACACAGCAUUUAUUGCCAUGGAAGGAGGAAUGUCUGCUUCUCUCGAUACAACCUACACUCAUGAAGUGGUCCUUCCAAUUUUCAAUGUCAGAAGUGAGGCCACUUUAACCCAGAAAUCCAUUGCUCGCCAAGACGGCCUCACACUCACUCUUACAGUUGACAAUUCAGGCACUGGCAAAGUUAAUGCUGAAGAGAGCAAACACACAAGCAACUUGAUCUUGUCACUCACUCCUAGCAUUAUCACUCUAACUUUCUCUGGCGACACAGACUCUGCCAUCAUAAAGAUGAAACAGCAAAUUGCUGCUGAAAUGGGCCCCUUCUCAUACUUUAAGGUUGAUUUACGUAAUGAGGCUGAGACACCAUUCAUCAAAAACAGUCUUCUUGUUGCAUCUGCAAACGCCAACCUUUAUGACUUGAAGGCGGAGCUGAAGGCUAACCAUGACACAGAACUGUAUGGCGCAGUCAGUGGAGUCCUGUCCAAUGGACUCAACAUUGUAGCCCAUCCUAAUGAGUUUGUCUUUGAAUUCCAAAACAAAGGAAAUGCCAAGGUCAGCAUUUUUGACACUCUGAUCGCUAAGAUCGAUCUCCAGAAUGACUACUCAGCUACUGUCAAGCCUGACAACCAGCAUUUGAACACAGUUGCUGUGGCUCGCCUGAAUCAGUACAAAAUGUUUUACAACCUAACUGUUAACAAUGACCAAAAUGAGGCAGCCCUCAUUGUUGCCAUUGAUGGUGAGGCUAAUCUUGACUUCCUGACAUCCCCCAUCAGCAUUCCAGAGCUAGAUCUGCCUUUUGUUGACUUCAAGACUCCAGCCAUCAGUGAACUGAACUUGUAUGAGCAGACUGGAUUAGACAAGAUUUUGACUACCACUGAGCAAACUGUUGAUGUAGAUGCUAAGAUUGUUUACCAGAAAAGGAAAGCUGCUCCAAUUGUUGAUGUGAUGGGACUGGUCCACAUUCCCCAUCUGGGUGAUCUGAUCACAGAAUUGUCCCUCAAGUCUGCCAUCCUCAAUCUGAAUGCCAAUGCUGGACUCUACACCGAAGAUAACGUUGUCUUCCGUCUGGGAGCUACCACAGUCUCUGUGUUUGAGGGUCUGAACGCCAAACUCGAUGGCACCACCAGUCUGACUACCAAGAGAGGACUCAAGUUGGCCAACUCCCUGUCCCUUGAAAAUAGUCACAUUGAAGGCACUCAUGACAGCUCCAUCACUGUGAGUAGUGAAACUUUUGAACCUGCCGUCUCUGUGGCUACUAUUGCAAAGAUUUCCCUGCCCAUUCUCAAUCUGGAGGCAAACCAAAAUCUAGUUGCAGACACCAAAACCAAAGCAAAUGCUGCCUCCACCUUGAGGGUGAAGGCUGAUUUCCACAUCCCAAUGAUCAAGGCAGUUGGAAAGGCAGAGGUUGACCAUAGUCUGAAGCUGGAAGGAGCUUUUGAGUAUAUUUCCAUGGAGUCAUCCACCAGAGCAAACAUGGAUGGAACAGUGCACGAGGAUUACCUAGUAUUGGGAGUCCUUGAUAAUGAGUUCAAUCUGUACCUGAAUAAUGAUGGCCUUCGCUCCACCUCAAAGAUAAUUGCUGACGCCAAACUUAACCAUGGCACCGACAAACUCUUUGGAAUGGAUGUAAAUGAAAAUCUUGCCGUUGAAGCCUCCCUGAGCCGAGUGUAUGCAGUGCUGAAGUAUACUAGCAACAAUGAGGCAGACCUGUUCAGUUUCAACACACAUGGGAAGCACAUUGCCCAGGCAACCAUUGACUUUGCGCCAGUCUCUUCCUUGAUUGCCGAUAUUGAGAUCGAUAUCUCUCAGCCCAGCAGUCUGGGUGAGCUGACCAUCUUUGAGAAAACUGUUGCUGAAGUAACAGCUGACAAGCAGAAGAUCUCUACCAACACCAAGUUCAUCAGCCCAUUGUAUAGCACAAACCUGGCAGCAGAAGUCAAGGGCAAUGCUCCAGUCUUCAAAGUCACCUUUAAGUCCUCUGCCACCUCUGUGAUUGUCUUCUUGGAAUACGACCUGGAUGCAUCCACUUCUGCCACAUUUGAGGAUGAAGCUCUGAACAUGGAUAGCAAGGUUGUCCUGACACAUAGUGACAUGACCAUGAAUGUCCAUCAUGCCAUUGCCCAAGCUUUGAGGAAAAGACGCCAGGCUGACGACAGCGUCUCUCACCACACCCUGAAUGUGGACAUCACCAGUCCUACUUUCACCGACAUGAACAUCCGUUUUGCUGCUCGCAGAGAUGGUAUCAGUGCUUCAGUAUCCAGCCCACACAAUGGAUUCCUCGGCCUUCAGCUCAGUGGCAGAGUCCCAUCUCAGAUGAAUGCUAGAUUCUACGGCCGUUAUCCUUCUGCCCCAGAGGAUGAUGUUGACAUCUUGGCCAUCAGAUCAUCUCCUAAAGACGCUGACAAGAUGACCCUUCAGAUUGCUUACAACAUGGAGGCACCAAAAGUACUCCUCUCUGAGCUCAAGAUAAAACUCCCCUCCAUCCUCUCUUCAUUCACAGUGUUCGCUGACAAGUACCAGAUCACAACAAAGUUGAGCGACUUGAAGGACUCUGUUCUUAACCGCAUCAACGAGGCCUACGCUGCAGCUAUCAACUAUGACGAUCAAAUGAGCCAGCUGUCAAUCUUCUACAGGAACACCAUUGUUGAGUACCAGAAGACUGUCCAGGUCUUCUUGGAUGCUGUCAUUAAGGUCCUGAGAGAGACCCAGUUCAAAGUGCCCGGUUCUGAGGAGAUGACCACUCUUCCUGAGGUCCUGAAGAAGCUCACCACAAGCAUUGCAGCUAUGCUAGAUGCAACCAUUCAGAUUACUUAUGAAAAUAUGGAAGUCUACUAUAACGCCUUUAUUGAUAAUAUCAGCAGCAUUAAAUUGAGAAUGCCAGUUGGCGAUGCAAUUACUGGUGGUCAGGUCUUGGAUCAGAUCAAAGCAACGUUCAGGAAUGUAUUCGAUGAACUGGUGGACUUUGUGAAAAAUAUGGAGAGUCUUGACACAAUGCUAGUGAAAAUUGGAGAGACCCUGAAGGCUCUUGUUGAGAAAUCUCAGGAGUUUGUUGACUCUAUCAAGUCUGACUAUUUAGAUGCAGUGUUCAUCAACAUCAAUGCCCUCUAUCUUAACCUUUUCACAUUUGUGAAGAAUGUUGUUGACCAGAUUUAUCUGAAUGUAGAUCCCCACAAUGCAUUUGAGAACAUCAUGAACAUGCUCAUUCAUGCUGUGGAACAGUUCAACAACACUGCCUCUGCUUUCCUGCAGCAAACUUCAGAGGAAGCUCAAGCUUAUGUUAAAGUUAGUGAAGGAAAACUUGAGCUUGACCUUCCUCUUGCCUUCCAUCAGUAAUUAACCCUCACAGACUGAGGCUGUAACAAUAACAGUGUAACAUCUGAAAAACUAACAUCUCUUUAGAAAUCAGAUGAUUAGUUCUUUAAACAUAUUUAUACCAAUGGGUUUAGUUGAAACAACUGUUGUAUCAUGUCAAUGUUGAUGUUUUAUUGUGUACAUGUCAAAUUUUACCAGACUCAAUAAAAUCUAUCAACACAA